CAGUUUUGCAUACAUUCACUUACCCGAACUGGAAUUUGUAUUGAGUAAAAUGUUGCGCUUUUUUUCGGGAACUUUAGUGCUGCUAGUUUUUGCUGCGGAAUGUCACUCUGCCCCGGCUAGUGGUCCAGUUGAGGUUAAAAAAUCACCGGUUGCCCUCAACAUCCUAGAACAACGUCUUAACCCCGGCGGUCUUGUAGGACAAUGUAAAACCAACGAUUCUGACCGAAUCUCAUCCCUGUCUGGCAACCCGAACGAGAUGUCCCGCUGGAGAAACGGCUACGUGGUUCAACUUUCCCCAGAAUGGAACACCGAACAAGCCCAACUUAUUGAAGGCGCGUUGUACGAACUUAGCAGCAAGAUUUGCAUCCCGAUCCGAAAAUUUGCUACCGGCGCGCCCGCUUAUGGCGAUUUUGUCUACAUUCAAAAAGGCGGGGACCGAACGGGCUGCUAUUCCACCGGAGUUGGACGACAGGGUGGCCGACAAGUAAUCAACCUUCAGGAGAACGGUUGCGUUACCAAGGGGAUAAUCAUGCACGAGAAUAUCCACGCGAUGGGCUUCAACCACGAGCAAACCCGGCCCGACAGAGACAACUUCAUUACCAUUUAUCCCGACCAAAUCGAGGAUGGAAAUGCGCAGUACCAGUAUAAAGUUUACUCGGGCUCGUUAACCUUUGGAGUUCCAUAUGACACGCAAUCAAUUAUGCACUAUGGUUCCUACGAUUUCUCCAAGUACGGAAAUCCCACCAUGCGGAAGAAGGACGGUUCGAUCAUAAACAGUCAACGCAACGCCCUCACGGACAGUGACAUUUCCAAGUUACGAAAAAUGUAUAAUUGUUAAGCUAAACGAUUAUGUACAUGACAACCUUGUCAUCAAUAAAUUAUGUAUUACAUAAA